AUGGCAGCUCAGUUGUCCAUCGUUCCUGCUUCAGUCCACGACUCGGAGGACGCCAUAUGUCUCUGUCGCUGUCUCUCUGUCGCUGUCAAUCCCGAAGCGAAGUGUCUGAGAAGUGCGGCCAAGACGUGUUUGGCGAAUUCGAUAGCCGGCACUUGUCUGAAUGGCAUGGUUCUGACAGGUCAAAGAUGCGGCGGUGAUGUUGUCGGCUCCCCAUUCCCCAUCGACAAUCCGGGAUGCCACACCUCACUAAACCUCAAAUGGACCUAG